UAUUCCUUCAUUUCAUUUGGGUCAUUGUAGUGACUACAUGUAUAGCAUAAAAUAUAACAUUAUAUUUUAACAAUAUUAUUACAAAUAUUCUUUACUUUAGUCUAUUGAUUAGAGGUUUCGUGUUAAGAAGUUUUUGUUUUGACUACUUCUCCUUUCCAUGACUUUUUUUUAAGAAAGCGGAAGUGGUUGGUCCGCCAUAAUCAUUCGUGUGGGUCUGUGCUUGUGUGGUUUGGUUGUAAAAAUACCGGUGCCAACCAUUAUUUUUAAUUAGUAUAAGUUAUGCGUAUGAAUCCAGACAUGGACGAUGACGAGAAGGGAAAACUGUUCGUCGGGGGUCUUUCUUGGGAGACAUCUCAAGAGAAUUUACAACGAUACUUCUCCCGCUACGGCGAUGUGAUCGACUGCGUAGUUAUGAAGAACAGCGAGUCUGGCCGCUCCAGGGGAUUCGGCUUCGUCACCUUCGCCGAGCCAGCGCUGGUCAACGUAGUGCUGCAAAAUGGGCCUCAUCAACUUGAUGGCAGAACCAUCGACCCGAAGCCGUGCAAUCCUCGCACGCUGCAGAAGCCGAAGCGCGGUGGCGGUUACCCCAAGGUGUUCUUGGGAGGACUUCCAUCUAACGUAACCGAGACCGAUCUUCGGGUGUUCUUCGGCCGCUAUGGCAAGGUCAUGGAAGUGGUCAUCAUGUACGACCAGGAAAAGAAGAAAUCCAGAGGCUUUGGAUUCCUGUCUUUCGAGGACGAGAUUUCUGUUGAGAGGGUCACUCAAGAGCAUUUCAUCAACCUCAAUGGAAAACAGGUGGAGAUCAAGCGCGCCGAACCACGUGAUGGGUCUGGCAAGUUGGGGUCCGGUGCAAGUGGAAUGGGCGGCGGAGCCCUGAGUGCGCCAGGCGACGCUCCCCAAGCUGGCCAGUGGGGCCCACCGGCAGCCGCGCCCAUCAACAUGAUCCAGGGCCAUAACGGCCAGAUGGGUGGCCCACCCAUCAACAUGCCUAUGGCUGGCCCCAACAUCAUGCAGGGGUACCAAGGCUGGGGUACAUCCGCGGGUAACGCUUCGUACGCGGGAUACGGCGCGGCAGGCGCGGGUGCCGGGCCGGGCAACUACCAGGGUUGGGGCGCGCCACCGGCCCCGCAGGCGCCGCCGCACGCGCCCGCCUGGCCCGCCACCAACAACUACACGCAGCACACGCAGCCGCCCGCGCAGGGCUACGGCAGCUACGCUAACUACAGCUCUGCGCCGGCGGGCGCGUCGGCCGGCGGCAGCUGGACCAACUGGAACAUGCCGCAGAACUCCAAUUCUACCGGCUCCGGGUCGUACGUGCCGCUGUCUGAAGGCGGCGAGAUGUACGGGCGCGGCGGCGGCGGCGGCGGCGGAGCCGGUGGGCCCGCGCUGACGGGCGCGCUGUCGUCAGCCGCGCUGUCCAAGUCUUCGUCGGCCGACUACUCCACCUACCAGCAGUACCCGCCCGCCUACCAGCAGGACCAGGGCUCGUCGUACGGCGGCGGCGCGUCGCGCUACACCGCCACCGAGUACCACGGCUCCGCGCCCGCCGCGCAGCCGCCAGAGGGCGACGGUGUGUGCAGUAGCGCGGGCAGUCCCAAGUAUGUGAACGUACCGCAGAUGUCCGACGCCAUAGGAACUCCACCCCAGGUCCCCAUGAUGUAUUGCGGAGGCAUGGUGUCGCCACAGCCGUCAUUUUGCAAUGUGUCCGACAUAUCUGCGUCUGUCUCAGGUGAUGACUAUGAAUACACGGGGGGCUCGGGAGAUGGCUAUCAACGGUCAUCGAAACGCAGCUACCAUGGAUCGUCGUCAGGCGGAACUGCAUCGGCUUCUUCCUACCAUCCCUAUCGACGUUAACGAAUGAGCUGCGCGGCCUCUUUACAGCUCUGAGUGCCUGGUAACUCGGUUACAACUGUCAAUGUUUGUUAGUCUACGCGGCCUUAUAUUGCAUUCCGGUACGAUAGUAUAUCUUAUUAUUGAUAGGUUUAUAAAGUUAUUUUUCUUGCAUAGAUAAUACAAUUGUAUGUAAGCGCACUGUCACUAGAUGUCAUAAGAUAGUGCAGACUGAUUUAAUUUUAACUCACACUUUGGACAUAAAUAAUAACUAAGUGACACGCAGCUGUAUAAAUGAUAUAAAGUUAAUAAGUUUAUGUAAUAUACAAAUUAGGCUAACAAACCACCUCGUGCGAGACUCCGUUUAUUAACAAACAUUGUCGUACAUUUUACUUGUAAAAUAUUAUUAUAUCUCUUUUUCUACGAACGCAAUCAUUGAGUUUGUAAAUUGUUUUUAUUGGAAGCGGUCUAUUAGGGACGCCUGUUACUAGAUCGAUUUAGUUUUUGAGGAAUUUACUUUUGACUAUAAGCAUUUCUUUGACUUGUAUUAAUGGACAUGCAUAUCACGGUAUUAGCGUGAAGUAUCGUCAUGUCUAACGUCAUGGACUUGACGAUAACUAGAUGAUAUGAAUGAUAAGAGACGUCCCUUUUAGAACAUUUUCCGAAUUAUUAAGUUAGUAGAUUAGUUUUUUCUUUUGGAUAUAUUUGUGUAGUGUGGGACUGAUUGGACGCGUGUGUCGAACCAGCGACCUUUUUUAACUAGAAAUUCCAGUUGUAAUAUCAUACGAAGAGUUUAGAACAUUUUUACAAAGCAAUAGAUUCCAAAUUGUGAUUCUUUAAUGUUUUAUAGUAUGUAACGUGUAACGUAUCCAUUGGCCUUAGUCUCGGAUAAAAGGUAAAUAAAUUUUAAGAGUAUUGUAUCUGUCCCGACUUCUAUACAUUACAUGUAUCUUCUAACAUUUUACUCGACGUAUUUAGGCAUUCAGCUAUAAUUUUAAGGAACUAAAUAGAUAUACCACCAUUGUAAAAAUAGUGACUAUUUAAAGAAUAUCAACAAAAAGUACCUUUUCACUCUAGUUAUUAAAUUAAUCCUAAGGAGGACCACUUUUGUAUGAAUACAUAUACCACCGCGGUUAUUGUUCGAAUGAGCUAUCAUUUCCUCGUUGUUGCAAUAUAAAAUUGACAUAUUUUCGUAAUAUUUACUUUAGAUGUUAGUUAGGGUAGUCAACCAUAUGAAAUGGUUAUAAAAUUAUCAGUGACUUCAAAGAAAUCAUGUUGCUACCUUAAUAGGUAUUAUUGUUUAAGAGGCAUUUAUGACAAAAUUUUGCAAAAAUCACUCGAGUAUGUAUGUAUCGCAAUGUAAUUGUCUUGGAUGUUUGAGAAACUUAAUUUCUGAUGCUGUGAUGGAAUUUGAAAUACCCGCGCCGUUUGGCCUCUGAAAUACUUCCAAUUGUCGGUACUUUUCUCUCUUAAAACGUGUAUGUUCUUAAACUUAAAUAAAAUUACUAUAUAAUUUAA